CGCCCCGGCACAGCAGCCGGCGCCUCCCCGCCCCCGGCCUCCGCCCGCCGCGCCGCCCGCCCGCAGCCGCAGCCGGGGGAUGAGCGAGCCAUGAGGCGGCUGCGGCGCUGGGCGUUCGCGGCGCUGCCGCUGCUGCUACCGCUGCUCCCCGCGCCCGGUCUUGGGGUCCGGGGUCCUGCCGGAGCUCUGCGCUGGGGGGUCUCACCCCAGGUAGGAGGCCCAGAAGCCCCUGAGGUCACGGAGCCCAGCCGCCUGGUGGGCCAGAGCUCUGGGGGAGAAAUUCGGAAGCAGCAGCUGGACACCAGGGUCCGCCAGGAGCCGCCCGGGGGCCCGCCUGUCCAUCUCGCCCAGGUGAGUUUCGUCAUCCCGGCAUUCAACUCAAACUUCACACUGGACCUGGAGCUGAACCAUCACCUCCUCUCCUCGCAAUACGUGGAGCGCCACUUCAGCCGGGAGGGGACCGCGCAGCGCAGCACCGGCGCUGGGGACCACUGCUACUACCAGGGGAAGCUCCGGGGGAACCCCCACUCCUUCGCUGCCCUGUCUACCUGCCAGGGGCUGCAUGGGGUCUUCUCUGAUGGGAACCUGACCUACAUCGUGGAGCCCCAGGAGAUGGCUGGGCCUUGGGGAGCCUCCCAGGGACCCCUCCCCCACCUCAUUUACCGGACCCCUCUCCUCCCAGCCCCCCUCGGAUGCAGGGGACCAGGUUGCCUGUUUGCUGCUCCUGUCCACUCCGCUCCCCCAAACCGGCCAAGGCUGAGAAGGAAAAGGCAGGUCCGCCGGGGCCACCCCACGGUGCACAGCGAGACCAAGUACGUGGAGCUGAUUGUCAUCAAUGACCACCAGCUGUUCGAGCAGAUGCGGCAGUCGGUGGUCCUCACCAGCAACUUUGCCAAGUCCGUGGUGAACCUGGCAGACGUGAUGUACAAGGAGCAGCUCAACACUCGCAUUGUACUGGUUGCCAUGGAAACGUGGGCCGAUGGGGACAAGAUCCAGGUGCAGGACGACCUCCUGGAGACCCUGGCCCGGCUCAUGGUCUACCGGCGAGAGGGUCUGCCCGAGCCGAGCGACGCCACCCACCUGUUCUCGGGCAGGACUUUCCACAGCACCAGCAGCGGGGCGGCCUACGUGGGAGGCAUCUGCUCCCUGUCCAGGGGCGGGGGUGUGAAUGAGUAUGGCAACAUGGGAGCCAUGGCUGUGACCCUGGCCCAGACGCUGGGGCAGAACCUGGGCAUGAUGUGGAACAAACACAGGAGUUCAGCAGGGGACUGCAAGUGUCCGGACAUCUGGCUGGGCUGCAUCAUGGAGGACACUGGGUUCUACCUGCCCCGCAAGUUCUCGCGCUGCAGUAUCGACGAGUACAACCAGUUCCUGCAGGAGGGCGGCGGGAGCUGCCUCUUCAACAAGCCCCUCAAGCUCCUGGACCCCCCGGAGUGCGGAAACGGCUUCGUGGAGGCGGGGGAGGAGUGCGACUGCGGCUCGGUGCAGGAGUGCAGCCGUGCCGGUGGCAACUGCUGCAAGAAGUGCACCUUGACUCACGACGCCAUGUGCAGCGACGGGCUCUGCUGCCGCCGCUGCAAGUACGAGCCGCGAGGUGUGUCCUGCCGGGAGGCCGUGAACGAAUGCGACAUCGCGGAGACCUGCACCGGGGACUCCAGCCAGUGUCCCCCUAACCUGCACAAGCUGGACGGUCACUUCUGCGACCACGAACAGGGCCGCUGCUAUGGAGGCCGCUGCAAAACCCGGGACCGGCAGUGCCAAGCCCUCUGGGGCCACGCGGCUGCCGAUCGCUUCUGCUACGAGAAGCUGAACGUGGAGGGGACGGAGCGUGGGAACUGUGGGCGCAAGGGGUCAGGCUGGGUCCAGUGCAACAAGCAGGACGUGCUCUGUGGCUUCCUCCUCUGUGUCAACAUCUCUGGAGCCCCUCGACUGGGGGACCUGGGAGGUGACAUCAGCAGUGUCACCUUCUACCACCAGGGCAAGGAGCUGGACUGCAGGGGGGGCCACGUGCAGCUGGCCGAUGGCUCAGACCUGAGCUACGUGGAGGACGGCACAGCCUGUGGACCCAACAUGCUAUGCCUGGACCACCGAUGCCUGCCGGCCUCUGCCUUCAACUUCAGCACCUGCCCCGGCAGCGGGGACCGCAGGAUCUGCUCCCACCACGGGGUCUGCAGCAAUGAGGGGAAGUGCAUCUGUCAGCCCGACUGGACAGGCAAAGACUGUAGCAUCCACAACCCGCUGCCCACCUCCCCGCCCACCGGAGAGACAGAGAGAUAUAAGGGUCCCAGUGGCACCAACAUCAUCAUUGGCUCCAUCGCGGGGGCUGUCCUGGUCGCAGCCAUCGUCCUGGGCGGCACGGGCUGGGGAUUUAAAAACAUCCGCCGAGGAAGGUCUGGAGGGGCCUAAGUGCCACCCCUCCCUCCAAGCCUGGCACCCACCGUCUCGGCCUGAACCACGAGGCUGCCCCCACCAAACCGCGGAGGGAAGCACCAUGCAAAUGUCUUCCAGCUCCCGCCCCUCACCUCCUUCUCCACGGGGCCCUGUGGGGCUGUGGCCCUCUCUGGCACCAGCAGGGUGCGGGCCCCCUCCCCCUCACGCGGCUUUGGUCUUGCACCCCGACCCCUCUGUGAAUGUAGCUUCCAUCCACACAGACUGCCGCAGCUCAGGUCGGGGCGCCCGCAGGGGUCUGGGGUGGCCCCACCUCAAAACCAGGCAGCUGGGACCAGGGUCAGAGCACUCUGGGACCUGGGGGGAGGGGCUGACCUACACAUUUUUAAAAAACUGAAUCUUAACUGAUGAAUGUAAGCCUGAGGGGGCGGGGCCCAGCCGGAGGUAGGGAUGCUUUGCCCCUUACGGGAGAGACUGAGGCGUGCCCAUUGCCCGCCACGCUCACACCUGGACUCCAUGCUGACCCUGGCAGGGGCCGGGCAGCCCUACCUGCCCCUGCCCAGCCCUGCCGAAAUGGAAGAAGGGUGAGCGCCGACUCAGACCAAAGCUGCCUCUCCCGUGCCCAAGGCCCCGACGAUGGGUACAGUGACCACACCCAUCCUGCCAUCUAGAAAACACAGCCCAAGGACGGUGGCCCGGGGCCGACUCAGGGUUUCAGGGCCCCUGCGGUGGCCCGGAGGUCCCAGGCUGGGCCGUCUUCCGCAGGAGGAUCGCCAGGCAGGGCCGGCCAGGUGUGCCCAGGGCACGGGCUCUGCCCGUGAUGCACAAGACGAGGUGGGAAGUGCAGGUCUCAGGGUGAUCCUCAGCUUCUAGAAAAGUCCCCAAGUCCCUGUCAGACCCAUUCCAGGACCAAGCAGUUUCCAGAUGUUGCCCCCCUCCCCAGCCAAGCCCACCAGGCAGGCCAGAGCCCUCCACGCUCCCACGAACAGUCCUGCCCACUCCUUCCCUCAGGCCCCUCCCUUGAUCCUGACAGCUGCCAGCAGAGGCAGGGUGGGGGCCCCACACCACACGCCAGGGGCCUCUGAGGACCCCAGGGAGCUGUCUCUGCGGCAGCCUGGAGGAGGCUUGGAGGAAAUGGCUUCCCUUUUCUCUGAACGCCUCCCCCUGGGGCCAGGCGGCAUCGGGCUGCAGCGGGGUCCUGGCACUGCCCACGCGAGGGCCGGGGCCGGGCCGGGUUUUGCGCUGCUGCUAUCUUCCCCAAUCUCCACCCUCUGGUGGGACACUUGGGCACACAGGGUGCCAUGCAUGUGGCGCCACAGCUCUGCACAGGUGGGGGUACUUCUGCGCACGUGGGCGUGUCUGCACGUGGGGGUGGGAGUCAGGGAACCCAAGCCUUCCUGUGACAGCCCGCCCCACCCUCCGCCAGCUCCUGGCUGUCAGCCGGCCCUGGCGGCGCCCGGGGAGGAGCGGAGGCUGCAUGGCCCAGCCUGACUCCCCCAGCAUCCUGUACAUCCGACAUUGGGGGUGGGGGCGGGGGCGGGGGGAGGCAGGGACAGGAGCAUCGAUUAAAGAUCACAUCUGGGGCUUCCACGGAGCUCACAUCCGG